CAUUCUUCAAUAUAUCUUUUAAAAAAAAUUUGUUCCUUCGCUUUCUGGGAAGAUUUUAGCGAGUUCACCGCCUGAGAAUUCUGUAUUUAUAGAAAGAUUCCUCGUCUGGGUUUUCAUUCUCAGCCGGCGAUUCUUCAAUUUUCAGAGAGAUGGGCAGUGUGGAACAAGUUUGUGAAGAUACAAAUAUGGCAACCGAAACGAUGGAACAGUUUAAAGCGAGCUGUUCAAAGGAAGGGAAAGGGAAGACGUUGUGGAAAAAGGUUAAGUAUCAGCUGGUUGAGUACCACUCAUUGCCUGGAUAUUUGAAGGACAAUGAAUAUGUCGUGGGCCACUAUAGAUCAGAAUGGCCAAUGAAACAAGUUUUGCUUAGCAUCUUCACAAUUCACAAUGAAACCUUGAAUGUUUGGACGCAUUUGAUCGGGUUCUUUAUUUUCCUUUCCAUUACGAUAUACACUGCAAUGAAGGUUCCAAAGGUUGUUGAUCUUCACUCUCUGCAGCAUAUUCCUGAUGUAUUGAGAAAGACUGAUUUACACAAAUUGCAUUCAGAAUUAAUGACAUGUUUGUCUUCCUUAACAAAUAUCCCCGGUUUGCACAAACUUCGGGAGGAGUUACUGUCCCUCUCACAUUGGCAUCUCAGGGAACUUCUAUACAAUUGUUUACCUGAGCGUUUCUUUGCUGGAAAUCACACCGAUAUUUGUGUUCUGCAAAGUGUGAAGGAGGAUGUGGCGAACAUAAUACCACCCCUGAUGAUGAGACCAAUUACACGAUGGCCUUUUUUUGCUUUCUUGGGUGGUGCGAUGUUCUGCUUGCUAGCUAGCAGCACAUGCCACCUUCUCUCUUGCCACUCUGAGCGUCUAUCAUAUAUCAUGCUCAGGUUAGACUAUGCUGGGAUUGCGGCUCUCAUAUCUACUUCCUUCUAUCCACCGGUGUAUUACUCCUUCAUGUGCGAUCCAUUCUUCUGUAACCUCUAUCUGGGAUUCAUAACGAUCUUGGGAGUCGCUACGAUAUUAUUUUCCUUAUUGCCAGUGUUUCAGAAUCCCGAGUUUCGCACCAUCCGUGCAUCCCUCUUCUUCGGAAUGGGUAUGUCAGGAAUAGCACCCAUUCUUCACAAACUUAUCUUGUUCUGGAAUCAGCCUGAGGCACUUCACACAACUGGGUAUGAGGUUCUGAUGGGGAUAUUUUAUGGUAUUGGAGCUUUGAUCUAUGCGGCAAGGAUACCUGAGCGGUGGAUGCCUGGAAAGUUUGACAUCGCUGGGCACAGCCACCAGCUUUUUCACAUCUUGGUUCUUGCCGGGGCAUACACUCAUUAUCGCGCAGGACUGGUUUACCUCAAAUGGCGGGACAUACAUGGAUGUUAAAGACCUGAAACUUGGGAAUAAUUGAUUAGUGAAAGGAGCCUUCCCCUGUUUGAAUGUUCUUUCUAGUUUGACCGAUGUAGGAUCAAUUAUGCCGCUGGAACUUGUGUUAAAUCCAUUGUUAGUGUAUAUUUUUCAUGUAUCUCUGUCUGGAAAGUCUAAGAACCAUCAAUUUAUGUUAUGAACGUGCAAAUACCUAUACUUAUGCGGCAGAGGCGAGGUUCCUCAGUGUAUUAGAGGAUUUAAUUUCUCUGUAUUAAUAUACAUCUUGAACAUCAAUAAUUGAAGUCGAAUUAUACA